AUGGAUGAUGGCAAUUUAAAGAAACGAAAGGCAUAUUGUAAUAGGUUUUCAUCACAAAUGGAAGAAGGUGAAGGAGGCUUUGAAAGUGGUACUAGCUUUUGUGAUUCUCCAGCAAUAGUUAAAGUUAUACAAAAGGUAUUUGCAGAGUUGAUAGGGACAUAUUUCUUAAUAUUUGCUGGGUGUUGCUCUGUGAUUCUUAAUAAUUCAGAAAAGACUAAAGGGCAAAUAACAUUUCCCGGAAUUUGCAUAGUGUGGGGUUCAACAGUAAUGAUCUUGGUUUAUGCUCUUGCUCACGUCUCUGGUGCUCAUUUCAACCCAGCAGUCACUAUCAGCUUUGCUAUCCAUAGUUCUUUCCUUGCUAGUGGGACAUUGUACCUUCUCUUUAAACCAGACGCGAAUUCUUAUUUUGGAACAGUACCAGCAGGAGCUCAUUCUGAAUCUCUUGUUUUAGAGUUGCUUACAUCAUUUCUCUUGAUGUUCGUUGUCUCUGCAGUUUCAACGGACAAGAGAGCAAAUGGGAAAUUUGGAGGGGUUGUUGUUGGUAUGACAAUCAUCGUAGACGUCUUCAUUGCUGGACCUGUGUCAGGAGCGUCUAUGAACCCAGCAAGAAGCCUUGGACCUGCUUUGGUGAUGGGCAUUUACAAUGGAUUUUGGAUUUAUGUAGUUGGACCAUUUGUUGGUGCCAUACUAGGUGCAACAUGCUAUAACCUAAUUAGAUACACUGACAAACCACUUAGGGAUAUUGGCUCCGGUGCAAAAAUAGUUAAUGGUGUAUCUAUAUCAACUUUUCGAUAG